AUGGGAAUCUUUGACGGACUUCCCAUUUCCCGAGAGAAAUCGUAUUUAAAGGAAGAACUUUCUAAAAUAGAUGAAAAUUGGGCUGCUGCGCGUUUUGAUUCUUUACCUCAUGUUGUCCAUAUUUUGACAUCGAAAGAUCGUGAAGGAGACGUGCAGAUCUUAAAGGAGCAGAGUGAUAUUAUUGAGGAAGUUGUUGAUGAAGUAGUUCAUGCCUAUCAUGGUGGCUUCAACAAAGCAAUUCAAAAUUAUUCUCAGAUUUUGCGGUUAUUUAGUGAAUCUGCUCAAGAUAUUGGGGUCUUAAAGGUUGAUUUAGCAGAUGCAAAAAAACUUCUUGGAGCACGUAAUAAGCAGUUACAUCAAUUAUGGUAUCGAUCUGUUACUUUACGGCAUAUCAUAUCUUUGCUAGAUCAAAUUGAAGGCAUAGCCAAGGUUCCAGGUCGUAUUGAAAAACUCAUUGCUGAAAAGCAGUUUUAUGCUGCAGUGCAGUUGCAUCUUCAAUCAAGUUUGAUGCUUGAGAGAGAGGGCCUCCAAACGGUUGGUGCUCUUCAAGAUGUCCGGUCUGAAUUGACAAAAUUGCGAGGAGUACUUUUCUAUAAGGUUUUGGAGGAUCUGCACUCCCAUCUCUACAACAAGGGUGAAUAUAGCUCAGUGGUUUCGAGUAUAAAUGAAAUUGAUGAUGCAAUGCCAACUACCACAGCUAUUGCAUUUUCUAUGAACAAUCCACAGCCUCUCUCUCGAAGAACCAGGUUGCUGAAAGGAGAUAGUCAGCUUGGAACAUAUGGUGCUGGUGAUAGAUUUUACAGGCCUAGUUCUGUUGAUGGAGGCUCUUCAUUUGAUGGCCAUGACGAGAAUGGUGGCAUGGAUGGGCUAGACGAUGCUACAUCUGAUGGAUAUACUAUGCGGGUCAAUGGCCGUGAUACUGUUUCAAGGGAUGGAAAAAUUGUUUCUCUUCAAAUUCCCAUAUGGCUUUCAGAUUCUACUCCUGAUGAAUUUGUUGAAGCAAUGAGAAAGAGUGAUGCUCCACUGCAUGUCAAGUAUUUGCAAACCAUGGUUGAGUGCCUCUGCAUGCUUGGAAAAGUUGCUGCCGCUGGUGCCAUAAUAUCCCAAAGACUGCGGCCUACAAUUCGUCAGAUAAUUACUACCAAGAUCAAAGCUCAGGCAGAUCACGUUAACUGUUCAAGGACUGGCAUCGGCCAAGCUGCCUCGAAUAUGGUUACAGGUCUCCACUAUCUAAAAGGGCGGUUGGAGAGCCACCAAUUACCUAAACAGAAGCGUCAGAAUGGGUUAACAUUAGCUGGAACUUUAUUAGCAGUCAGCCCUGUCUCCCCAGUAAUGUCUCCUGCCGGAACAGCACAAACUGCAGCAAAGGAACUCCUUGAUUCAAUUCUGGACAUUGUUGUUCGGAUAUUCGAGAACCAUAUUAUUGUUGGAGAACUUCUUGAAUUGAAGUCUUCGCUACAAGUUGACUUGAACACACCAAAAGUAGUGGCAGCGGAUAUUAACUGGAAUCCUGAUUCUGAUGCAUCUCGUGAUACUGGAGGCUACACCCUUGGCUUUUCCUUAACUGUGUUGCAGAGUGAGUGCCAGCAACUCAUAUGCGAGAUCUUACGAGCGACUCCUGAAGCUGCAUCUGCAGAUGCUGCUGUACAAACUGCUAGGCUUGCAAGCAAAGCCCCCUCGAAGGAUAAGAGGUCAGAAGAUGGUCUUACCUUUGCAUUUCGCUUCACAGAUGCUACUAUACCGAUUCCUAAUCAGGGGGCUGACCUUAUUCGCCAAGGAUGGAGUAGAAGGGGACCAAAUGUACUCCAAGAAGGUUAUGGGACUGCAGCAGUGUUACCUGAGCAAGGCAUAUAUUUAGCUGCAUCUGUGUACAGGCCAGUUGUUCAGUUUACAGAUAAAGUUGCGUCAAUGCUUCCUGAAAAGUUUUCUCAACUUGGGAAUGAUGGAUUGCUAACAUUUGUGGAGAACUUUGUGAAGGAUCACUUCUUACCUACAAUGUUUGUAGAUUAUCGGAAAGGCGUACAACAAGCUAUAUCAAGCCCUGCUGCAUUUCGUCCACGAGCACAUGCAGCUGCUUCUUAUACUCCAUCAAUUGAGAAGGGAAGGCCAGUUUUACAAGGACUAUUGGCAAUAGAUUUGUUAUCAAAAGAGGUACUUGGAUGGGCUCAAGCAAUGCCUAAAUUUGCUGAGUCAAUAGAAAGGCUUGGGUAUUCAUCCAUGAAAGAUCGUGAUCAGCUAGAAGAGAAGCGGAGCCAUCAUUCUAGAACAAGUAGUGCACCUACCAAGGAUCUUGCAUCAUUUGCUGAAGAGUACAGAAAAUUGUCAAUUGAUUGCCUAAAGGUCCUACGUGUAGAGAUGCAACUGGAGACUGUUUUCCAUAUGCAGGAAAUGACGAGUAGGGAAUAUUUAGACGACCAAGAUGCGGAAGAGCCUGAUGAUUUUGUUAUUUCAUUAACUUCCCAGAUAACCCGUCGAGAUGAGGAAAUGACACCUUUUGUUGCGGGAGAGAAACGGAAUUACAUAUUCGGGGGAAUAUGCAGUAUUGCAGCAAAUGCAUUUAUGAAGGCUUUGGUUGAUAUAAAAUCUAUCAAUCUUUUUGGGGUUCAGCAGAUAUGCCGUAAUUCAAUUGCACUGGAACAGGCUUUAGCUGCUAUCUCUUCGAUUGAUAAUGAAGCUAUACAGUUGAGAUUAGAUCGCGUCCGUACUUAUUAUGAAUUGUUAAACAUGCCCUUUGAGGCAUUGCUCGCAUUCAUUGCAGAGCACGACCACCUGUUCACAUCUGCAGAGUACACAAAUCUUCUAAAGGUCCAGGUUCCCGGGAGAGAAAUUCCAUCUGAUUCAGAGGACCGCGUGGCUGAGGUUCUGCCCCGCUAA